AAUUACUCCGUAACGCUUCUUUCUUGCUCACUCGCCAAGUCAACUCACCGAAAAAAGAGUGUAUUUACAGCGCCGGCGAAGAGUUUUUGGACAUGCAAAGCCCCGGCCUCCGGCGACUGUAAGCAGCAAUCAUAUCACUGAUUGUUUAAUGCGGCGAGUAAAUGGGAACCAAAUGCUCCCUGCAGGGCUGCGGGUUUCUUGUUUUCUUGAUCGUAGCCGCGGUCUGGUGCGGCGGGGUUUCUUGUUACUAUGACGGGUUCGCCAUCGCCGGCGCCGGCGGCGGGUUCGUCCCGGAGGAGAAGGUGCUCCGGCUGUUCGAGGAGUGGAAGGAGAGGAACGGGAAGGUGUACAGGGAUGAGGAGGAGUAUGAAGAGAGGUUUCAGAACUUCAAAGGGAAUCUCAAGUAUGUUAAGGAGAAGACAGUGGGGGGGAGAGGGUCGAGGUGGGAGGGUAAAGUUGGGUUAAACAAGUUUGCUGAUUUGAGGAAUGAGGAGUUUAAGGAUGUUUUCACAUCCAAGAUUAAGAUGCCCUUUAGGAAGAAGCAAGGGAUUCAGAUGGUGUCUGCAGUGCAGAGUGGCAGGGAGAAGAAGAAGAAGGUGUCUUGUGAAGCCCCCUUCUCUGUCGAUUGGCGAAAGCGUGGGGCCGUCACUCGUGUUAAGGAUCAAGGAGAAUGUGGGAGCUGUUGGGCAUUCUCUGCAACGGGGGCGAUAGAGGGGAUAAACGCCAUAGCCACCGGGGAGCUCGUUAGCCUGUCGGAGCAGCAGCUCAUCCAUUGUGAUUCGUCGAAUGACGGGUGUGAAGGAGGGUAUAUGGGGUAUGCAUAUGAUUGGGUUCUGCACAAUGGUGGGAUUAGUGUAGAAGAGGAUUACCCAUAUAGUGGCAAGGAUGGGAAUUGUUCUGUCAAACAGGGGGGAGUGAAGACUGUGACAAUUGAUGAGUACAAGGAUGUUGCAGAAGAUGAAAGUGCAGUGCUUUGUGCUGUGGCAAAGCAGCCUGUUAGUGUGGCAAUUGAUGCCUCUGCACUUGAUUUUCAGCUGUAUAGUGGUGGUAUCUACUAUGGAGAUUGUUCGGAUGAUGCGGAUGAUAUAAACCAUGCGAUUUUGAUAGUUGGUUAUGGUUCGGCAGGUGGUGAGGACUAUUGGAUUGUAAAGAAUUCUUGGGGAACAUCUUGGGGGUUGCAAGGGUAUGCAUACAUAAGGAGGAAUACUGGUUUGAGAUAUGGUGCUUGUGGAAUUAAUGCAAUGGCAUCAUAUCCUACUAAAGAGUUAUCAUUGCAACGGUUGCCUAAACCGAGUUUGGGAGGUUUGGUCCCAUUACUUUCAAAUUCGUCUAUAAUUGUUGAGACGUCUAAGUCACAUUCACUAUCAGGCAUAGCUCCGUCUCCACAGCCAUCUCCGAUUCCUCCAACUCCGCCAUCCCCAAGACCUCCAUCGCCGUUUCCAAUUUUAACACCUCCGCCUCCUUCAUGUCCACCAUCUUAUACUUCACCUCCCCCGCCAGUGCCUUUUAGUCCACCACCUCCUAGUUUGCCACACCCACCGCCUCCAAGCUCACCCCCACCACCAAGUCCACCUACUCCGUCACCACCACAUCCACCACCUCCAAGCCCACCUACUCCGCCCACCCCCUCCGUCACCACCACCGCCACAGCCAAACCCACCUCCUCCGUCAUUGCCACCCCCAUCGCCACCACCACCAAGCCCUUUGCCCCCAUCCCCUCCGCCACCAAGCCCACAUCCUCCGUCACCGCCACCGCCAAGCCUACCUCCACCGUCACUGCCACCCCCAUCGCCACCACCUCCAUCCCCUCCACCACCAAGCCCUCCACCUCCAUCCCCUCCACCACCAAGCCCUCCGCCCCCCACACCUCCACCACCAAGCCCACCUCCUCCAUCACCGCCAUCGCCGAGCCCACCUCCUCCAUCACCACUAAGCCCACCACCUCCAUCCCCUCCACCACCAAGCCCUCCGCCCCCAUCCCCUCCACUGCCAAGCCCACCUCCUCCGUCACCACCACCCCCAUCACCGCCACCGCCAAGCCCACCUCCUCCGUCACCACCACCCCCAUCACCGCCCCCGCCAAGCCCACCUCCUCCGUCACCACCACCCCCAUCACCGCCACCGCCAAGCCCACCACCUCCAUCCCCUCCACCACCAAGCCCUCCACCUCCAUCCCCUCCACCACCAAGCCCUCCGCCCCCUCACCUCCACCCCCAUCCCCUCCACCACCAAGCCCACCACCCCCAUCACCUCCACCACAUCCUCCAAUUCCACCACAUCCUCCAAUUCCUCCACAUCCUCCAAUUCCUCCACACCCUCCACAACCAACACCAACCUACUGUGGGGAUGGGUUUUUCUGUCCACCUGACAAUACAUGUUGUUGCGCUUAUGAAGUUUUUGGAGUUUGCUUAAUUCAUAGUUGUUGUGAAUAUAAAGAUGGCAUUUGUUGUGAAAGAUCAAAUCAUUGUUGCCCUAGAGAAUUUCCAAUUUGCGAUCGAUUUGAAGGGCUUUGCUUCAAGAGACGUGGUGACCAUAUUGGAGUGCCUGGACGGAAGAGAACACUUGCCAAGCCUAAGUAGUCAAAAGCAACACCGAAAAUGGAAGAAGAAUAUAAUGAACUAUUUUGCCCUCAAGUUGUUUGAUCCACAUAAAUAAGCUAAGAUACUUCUGCGUUUGGGGUAUUAUUCAAAUCGUAUCUGGCAA